CUCUAUAUGAUGAAAUUAAUAAUAGUAGGGUCACAUGCACAAUUUGGAGGACAGCUAUUCCUUUAUUACUGCUUUUUGUCCCCACACAACUAAGCAAGCCUCAUUCAUGGCUGCACUCUGCCACUACUACUGCUACUGUACUCUUUCUUCACAUUAACAACAACCAUCAUCAUUUCUCACCUCAAAGACCAAGACUUUUUGUUUUUUUUUUGUUUUUUGGGGGGGUUUUCUUGUUUCUAUUGCUGUUUACAUAUUGGGGUCUAUUUGGGGAUUUGGUUCAGAGGCUAGCAAGGAUGAGAGGUGGGGUGUCUCAAAGUUUCAAGCUUUACCUUCUAGAUGCGUUUCUACUGCUUCUUUACCUCCAGGACUCCAGUUGCAGUUCAGUAAAUUCUCUCCAGGGCUCUUUAAAUGUGGACAGAAAGGAGGAUGCUCUGUUGCCUGAGAUCUCCCCAACUGCUUCUCCUCAGCCCUUUCUCCCUCUUCUGGCACCUUCUCCGUGGUCACCUUUCACAAACAGCAGUUUACCAAAAUUAUCGGGACUCUGUACGCUGAAAUUUGAUGCUGUGGAAAGCAUGAUGGGUGUGACAUCAAUUGAUUGUGUUGCUCCAUUUGCAGAGUAUCUGGCUAAUGUCAUGUGUUGCCCACAACUAGAAACAACUCUUGUUAUUCUUAUCGGGCAGUCUAGUAAAUACACAAAUAUGCUUGCUUUAAAUGGAACACUUGCAAAGCAUUGCCUUUCAGAUUUUCAGCAAAUUCUGGUAAGCCAGGGUGCCAAUGACACUUUACAGCACAUAUGCUCUCUCCAUCCAUCAAAUCUUACAGAAGGUUCUUGCCCAGUCAAAGAUGUUCGUGAGUUUGAAACCACAGUGGACUCAUCUAGCCUACUUGCUGCCUGCGGGAAGAUUGACCUUGUAAAUGAAUGCUGCGAGCAAACUUGCCAAAAUGCUAUAUCAGAAGCAGCUAAAAAACUUGCACUAAAAGCAUAUGAUCUGAGCAUGGAAAGCGCUGAGGUGCUGUCUGACCACUCGACUAGGGUCAAUGAUUGCAGAAGGAUUGCACACCGUUGGCUGGCGAGUAAACUUGACCCUAAAGGUGCAAAAGAUGUUCUUAGAGGACUAUCUAACUGCAAAAAUAAUAAAGUGUGCCCUCUGGUAUUCCCUAAUCCGAGCCAUGUUACAAAGGCUUGUGGAGAUGGAAUGAAUAACCAAACAGCAUGCUGUAAUACAAUUGAGAGCUAUGUGUCUCACUUACAAAGGCAGAGUUUUGUAACCAACUUGCAAGCUUUGGAUUGUGCUGCUUCACUUGGAGUCAAGUUACAGAAAGCCAAUGUGAGCAAAAAUAUAUACAAUCUUUGUCACAUUAGCCUCAAGGACUUCUCUGUGCAAGUCGCACCCGAAGUUUCUGGGUGUCUUUUGCCUAGUCUACCAUCAGAUGCUGUACUUGACCAAAGUACGGGGAUCAGCUUCGUCUGUGAUUUAAAUGAUAACAUUCCAGCCCCUUGGCCAUCCCUCUCUCACUUACCAGUUUCGUCAUGCAAUAAAACUGUGAAAAUUCCUGCACUUCCUGCGGCAGCAUCUGGCCAGAUCAGUCUGAACAGCUUAAGCAUCAGGUCUCAUCUGUGUCUUCUGGCCUUGAUUGUUCUUGGAAGCCUCUUUUACACAUAAUGCUGCCAUUCCUACUUAACUAACCUUCAUGGUGAGCAAAUCUAAUGAAUUGGUGAUACGAGAAACGAAUCUCUUUAAGUUAUAGUGCUGAAGGUUCUGAUUUUCCUCAAGUCUAAUGUGUACAAAAUCUGGAAAAUCAUGCUACACAGUUAGAAUCCCACUCAGAGAUGAUAUCAAGGCUGAGUUUUCCGACCAUAUUUAUUCCUCAUUCUUGCUUAAUAAGAAAAUUUUGUAAAAAUACUUCAGAGGAGGUUGAAUUCCAUGUAAUUAUUCCACUUAGAAAAACUUUGCCUUGUAUAUGACUGAAAUUCAAAGUCCUAAGAAAACAUUAAUGUAUUAGGUGUAGGUCCUGUAUGAGUAAAAGACCUUAGAGGGGUUGGAAUGCUGUUUUUCUUUAUCAGUUAUCUUUUGUUUUCCAGUUAUGCAUCAGAACCUUAGGUGCUUCAAUACCAAACUUAUACUAUCUGUUUCUGACAAA